UACCCUAUUAAGAAGGAUUUUUUUUUUAUUUAUUUUUUUUAAUCUUCUUUUCUUCUAUUUCUUUUAGUCAUAAUAAUAAAAUAAUAAAAAAAAUGAGUCAAUGGGAUACCACCAUGCUGGAAUAUGAAGAUGGGUAUUAUGACCAAGGCGAAGACGACGAUGGCAAUGAGUCUGAUUACUCUCUCGACUAUGAAUUUCCCGGUCCUCGUUAUCCGAAAUACAGAACAACCAUCAACGAUAAUGAUACUGCUUCUCAACUCUCCGACGCUUCUGAACCAGACGACGACUCUCCGAGAUUCGACAUGUGGGACGACGACCCUUACAACGACUUUACUUGGGAAUCAAACGACAUGCAGCUCACCAAAUUUAUGAAGCUCAAACAAAAGAAACUAUCACCUUGUCCUAGUUUCUGGAAAAAAGACAAGGGCUUUCCGAAGCAGUUGCCUCAGUCGGGCUCUUCCACAAACCAUGAUCAGUCUGCCAACGCUAUCUGUCUAGUUCAGUCGGAUUAUGGUCUCUCUGAACAACUAUAUGCUGUUUACAGAGACAGAAUCAUUCAAUGUGGUCGUACAACCACCUCCACAAAAUCAAAACCGCAGCGACAAAAGCGUGACACAACAUGGUUAGAAACUACUACAGCUGAAGAUCCUCCCUUGGUUGUUUUAAAUCACAAGUUUGCCGAUACACAUCAAUCUGUUCCCGUCUCUAAAUUGAACAAGAACCAACUACCCCAACAAACAAGAGACGAUGAUGAUCAUUUUGAACCUUUUACGAAAUAUAUCAAACGUAGUGAAUAUCCAGCAUUAUUACCCGAAGAUUCUUAUUUAGCACUUGGGUUUGAUCCACAAUGUUUAGCUCACAAGUAUGGAUACAUGGCUAUUGGAGGUGUGGAAGGCGAGUUUGAGCUGUACUGUUGUAUGGAUCUGGAUCCAAUAAAGAUAUGGGGUACCAAGUUCAAAGGUAAAGACAAUGUCAUGCUCAUGACAAAUUCAAUUCAACUGGUGCGGUGGAAAAACAAGCAAAAUGAUGACUAUCAACAUAUGCUGAUCGGUUGUAUGAAUGAAGCUGGACUUUUAUUUUACAAUUUACCAUCUCAUGUCGAAUGCAAAGGGGAAAAGGCGAGAGACAGAGUGAAAUUACAUAGUCAUAUAAGAGCAUUUAAUGGUGUGCCCAUUAAUGAUGCUAAACUUAGCCCCGAUGGUAGCCAGUUGGUGUGUGUAGGAGAUGAAAAUAUCAUAUUUAUGAUUGAUAUAUUUCAAAAUGAAGACACAAAUGAGAUUAGCUUUGGUGUGCCUAGCGAGAUCAUUAUUCCACCCGAAAUAUUUCAACAAAAGACCAUGUCCAGCACACCUUAUUCUUCUCAGUACAUAUCUUGGAGUGCCAGCUCUGCUUAUUUUGCACAUACAUCCGACUCACAUAAUCUAGUUCUGAUAUGGAGAACAUCCACUAAAGAGAUUUUAUAUACAAUUGAUGCUGCAGGGUAUACUUAUGCCAUCUCUUUUCAUCCCAAAUUCGAUCAUAUUCUUGUAUUUACCAACCGCUAUGGCUAUUUCCAUACAGUCAACCUCUCAAAAAUUCUUUCCUUUGACCAACAAACGGAGUCUGUACGUGGACAUCAAUGUGUAGAUACUUGCCAACAAAUCCAUCAUGCAGUGUUUCACACCCACCAUUUGAAUAUACAGCAUGAGAUCACCAUGGUUUCGUUUCGCGGUGAGAUUGAUACCAAGUUACGUAUCCUGGCUAAAAUCAAUGGUAUUGAAUGGUCCAAAGAUGGACACUACCUUUAUUUGGCUACCAAGAAACGAGUGCUAGUGUAUGAAUUCCUUUCCACCCAAAACAUCAUACCUUCCUUGCUCGAGAUCACGGGUGUUCAUGUACGGAAAUUAUUAGAACAGUCUUGUCCUAAAAGAAAAAAACUCAACAGGACCUUGGAUGAUUGGUCAAGAAUACCUAAUCACAUUCAGUCAAGAAUUCUUGGUAAUACACAUCACUUGGCCCAGCAUUAGACAAUUUUUUUUUUUGUCUGUUUCACCUUCUCUGCUUUUUCUUUUUUUUUUUUUCUUUUUUUUUUUUUACUACACUCUAAUAAAAUGAUGGCGAAUCAAGACGAC